ACCAUUGCUUUUAACUUCGCAAACAGGAAUAUGUAUUUCAUCAGUAUUGGUGGUUGUCGGAUCGUUACACGGCUACAAUGUGUUAGUUGUGGUCUCUGUUUUAUUAUUUGUCUCAUCAUUCGCGAUCGGGCUUGGCCCAAUUCCUUAUUUGAUAAUCUCAGAAAUAUUACCGACCCAUUGUGUAAGUUCUGGUGGCUCCAUAUGCCUAGGACUCAACUGGCUAUGCGCAUUCUUAGUCGGACUGACAUUUCCAGCACUCCAGAGUGCUCUCGGAGGAUACACUUUUCUCGUAUUUGCCGUGAUCACCGCAGUGUCCGGGUUUGCCUCGAUCUUUAUUCCAGAGGUAUUUCAAUGA